CUAACCGCAACAAAUUCGAAACCCUUCCCAAUCUCAUUCUUUUCCUUUUCCUUGCCCAUCCAGUUCUUACCUAAAUUUUCAAAAAGAGAAAAAUAAAAUAAAAAUUAAAAAUUGCAAACACAAACCGACGUAGGCUACUCUCUCUCUCAUUCUAAACAUACUUCUCUCGCUUCUCUCUCUUUCUUGUUUCUCUCUCUUCUUUUCUGUGUCUCUCUGCUACAAGCCGACGACAAACUCCGCGCUGGCAAAGAUUCCCUCUCUGCCUCCUCCCCCGUGUCUUUUUUUUUUUUUUUUAAAUUUUUUUUUUAUCUUCCACUUACUAAACCAAACCCUAAUAAAAGAAAACAUUUUUCUCGAGAAACAAACGUUACUUACAGUGUUACAGUCACAAUCACAAGCACCACCAUGCUUUUUCUCGAUCCCCGAAUAAACCCCACUUCAGAAUUCCAAAAACCCACUUCUAAUAAUACUUUAUUUUACUCUCAUCGUUGUUUUAGAAAAGCUUAUCUGAGGUGAGUUGGGUGGGGCGGAGCUCAGGUUUUUAUUUUUAUUUUUUAUUUUUUUAUUUUUUUUAAUUCCAUGGGCUGUGCGAGCUCCAAACUUGAUGAUCUCCCGGCGGUUAUGCUUUGCCGGGAGCGUUGUGCGUUCUUGGACGAAGCUAUUAAAAAGCGUGACGAGCUCGCCGAAGCUCAUAUGGCUUACAUUCACUCCCUCAAAGUUAUUGGUUCCUCUUUGAAAAGUUUUGUCGGUCAGGAUUUGGGCAAUUCCUCUGGUUCACCUCCUUCUCCGAAGCUCAAUCUUCCUCCUAAGAGAAAAGGAGAUCCUGUUGUUUCUGCGAGUAUUCAAGCUGGGAAAUCGCCGCCUCAUCAUCUUUCUCGCUCUAAUUCCGGUUCCCAUCUUAACUUUCAUUCCAAUUCCGACGACGAGGAUGACGAUUCCGGUGGUUCCCUCCACCAUUCCGAUCAUUCCUCGCCUCUGUACGUUCCCGUCGAUCAUAUUGAAUAUAUGGAUGCGGAUCAACAAGGACAGGGUGCCUACCCAGGUGGGUUUAUGCAUAUGAAUUACAUGAAGAACAAAGCGACGCCGUCUGUGGUGUACGAGGAGAGGGCCGUCAGUUCAAUGACUGUACACCGUAUGGAUAUGGGUGAAUCUUCUUCUUCUACUUCGUAUUAUUCCUAUCCUGGUUAUUCAAACAGCGUAAAUCCUAAUCCUUCUCCAUAUUAUGAAUAUCCCAAUUACGGUGGUGGAAUUGGUGGGUAUUAUGGCGGUGGUUCUUCGCCUCCUCGUUAUGGGGCUAUGCCGGGGCAGUCGUCUCCGGCAGCGGCUGCGUCGUCGUCGAAGCAGCCUCCACCACCGCCGUCUCCGCCAAAAGCUUCGCCUUGGGAAUUCUUGAACCCGUUUGAGAACUACGAUAAGUACUAUUCGCAGUACACGCCGAGCAGGGACUCGAAGGAGGUGAGGGAAGAGGAAGGGAUACCUGAUUUGGAAGACGAGGAUUACCAGCAUGAGGUGGUGAAGGAAGUUCAUGGGGAUCAGAAAUUCACUGCUGAUGGUGGUGGGAAGCACUCGAAAGCUGCUGUGGUAGACGACGAGGUUGGUGACACCGAGGGGUUGCUUUACAAGACUAGGCCGAGUGUUUCCACGGAAUAUGAAGCUCAUGUGGUGGACAAAAAGGUUGUUGACGAUGAAGAGAGGUCCGAUGAACGACCAGCAUAUAAGGCUAGAGCAGGUCCUCGGAAUCCUUUUGAAGCGGCCAUGGAAAUUGAGUUUGAGUUUCAGAGAGCUUCUGAGUGUGGAAAUGAAAUUUCCAGGUUGCUUGAAGUGGGUUCGCUUCGAUAUAACCGGAAACAUGUUUCUUCCAAGAUGUUGCAUAUGGUCACUCCAUCUUUGUCGGUAGUAUCCUCACAGCCUUCCACUUCUAAGCAUGGUGAGUCGUCGUCCUCUGCUGACAAGGCUGCCCCUGCUCAGUUGGACUUUGAUGAAGAUAUGGCUUUGAGGUCCAGAAAACUUUCUUCUACCUUACGUAAGCUGUAUCUUUGGGAGAAGAAACUUUAUAAUGAAGUUAAGGCUGAGGAAAAGAUGAGGGUAAUUCAUGACAGGAAGUGCCGUAAGCUGAAGCGUUUAGAUGAAAGGGGUGCUGAGGCGCACAAAGUUGAUUCAACUCGAACUUUAAUAAGGAGUCUCUCCACAAAGAUAAGAAUUGCCAUUCAAGUUGUGGACAAGGUAUCUGUGACUAUAAAUAAGAUCAGGGAUGAAGAAUUAUGGCCACAACUAGAUGAAUUAAUUCAAGGGUUAACAAGGAUGUGGAAGUCUAUGCUCGAAUGUCAUCAUAACCAGUGCCUAGCCGCCAGAGGUUUAGGUACUAUUGGAUCUGGGAAAAAACUUGAUGAAGCUCAUCUUGAUGCCACUUGGCAGCUAGAGCAUGAGCUUUUUAGCUGGACUUCCAGAUUCCAUACUUGGAUAAGUUUGCAGAAGGCAUAUGUGAAAGCCUUAAAUAAUUGGCUUCAGAAAUGCCUUCUGUAUGAACCAGAAGAAACAGCAGAUGGAAUAGUUCCCUUUUCACCUGGUAGAUUAGGUGCACCUCCUGUUUUUGUUAUUUGUAACCAAUGGUCACAAGCAAUGGACAGGAUAUCCGAAAGAGAAGUAUUUGAGUCUAUGCGUAAAUUGACCAUGAAUGUGCUUCAUAAAUGGGAGAAUGAGAAGCAAGAAAUGGCCAACAAGGAUCCGGAGAGAAAAGCUAGAAGCUGGGAUAGAGAGGGCCAAAAGAUACAGAAGGGAAUUCAGGCAUUAGACAAGGAAAUGGUGUUGGUCUCAGGGGAUGGUAAUAGUCUCUCAGUUGCUGGACAGAUUGUCUAUCAGAGUGACACUAGCAACGAUAGCCUACAGGCUAGUUUGCAACGCACUUUUGAGACCAUGGAAAGGUUCACUGCUAACUCCAUGAAAGCUUAUGAGGAGCUUUUACAACGUAGUGAAGAAGAAAAGCAUGCUAGAGAUCAUGAAGGGGUUUCGUAGUUCUUUGUGGUUUGAUGGGUCCAUAAUCAACUCUUUCACAUUGGUAUUUGGUUAAUUGGAGGCUCAAGAUCUCUGGUGGUUUUAUUAUUUGGAGUUAAGUUGCUUCAUUGCUUGCUAGAAAUCUCGCUGCAUUUGGAGAUGGAAUAAUAAGUUGAAGCAUGAUGGAUGAUGACUCAGCAGCAACAUAUUUAGAGGACAACGGUUCCUUUGUUGAGAGAUGACUGUGUUGGUUGAUACACAGUGCAGUUCUAAUUGGAAGCAGGCAGAAAUGGGACUUAUACAGCAAGAAAAGUUUUUUGUUCAAGUGCAAGCGGACUUGAAGCCUGCUGAGCCAUUUUUGGAUAUAAUGAGCUAAGUCUUGUGGCAUUUUUGCUUUCGUGGAAUUGUGGUUCUCAUUUCUUCACAUCAAAUUUCAAUUUUCGGUGCAUUGUGCGGAAAAGGAGACAGGAAUUGCCUUGGCUAAUGAGGAGUUGGAAGGAUGCACAACUGGUUUAAGUUAUUUCCAGUAAAGGGGAUUUCCUUUUCAGUUUUGAAUUGAUAAAAUUGAGUUUCACUGUAGGCUUAUUGGGCUUUCUUGGAGUGACGCAAGCCACUUAAACUGCCCAGAAACUGUUAAAUUGUGUAGAAUAUGUUGUCAAAAUUUGUUUUUGCUCCGUCUUAUUAGGUAUUUCAUUUAAUAUUUUAUAUUAUUGUACAGAAAGAGUUUUGGCAUUAAUCAAAUUGAGCAUUUCCAAUA